AGAGUGUAAUAGUGGAGGGUUUAUUGCGUCAUUUGGGAUUUAUGUUUACCAAAUACUGAAUCGGAUUGAAUUCGGAUUUACUGUGAUAUAAAUGAGAGGUUUAAUGCAGUCAGUGUGGUGAUCUGAUCUCUAUUUGACCUAAAAUACAGUGCAGCAAGUCGCCAUCACUGACCGCCCUGAGGUUAAACACACACACACACGCGCGCGCGCGCGCACGCACUUACAGUGUACCAGGACUGUCACUGGGACAUCAAUGCCAGGACUUGAACCAUGGAAACCAUGUCCUCCAACCCCGAAGCGGUUUACCAUGAGCGGGGAGACACACAGCCUCCGUUUCCGCCUGUAACCCGCUCAGUUUCCGCCAUGAGCUCGGACGCAGGAGCAGAGAGCUGGGCCGAGUGCAUGGAUGUGGCCGUGAGGACAGCGCUCAGAGCCGGCCAGAUGGUCCGAGUGUGUGUGAUGCAAGAGAAGCGUGUGAGCAGUAAAAGCACUCCUACGGAUCUGGUGACGGAGGCUGACCAGCAUGUGGAGGAGAUGAUCAUCUCCACACUCAGGGAGAAGUUUCCCUCACACAGUUUUAUUGGAGAGGAGUCUUCAGCUGCAGGAGAGAAGUGUGUUCUCACAGAUAGCCCUACAUGGAUAAUAGACCCUAUUGAUGGCACUUGUAACUUUGUUCACAGUUUUCCCAUGGUUGCAGUGAGCAUUGGCUUUGCAGUAAAGAAACAGCUGGAGUUUGGCAUCAUAUACCAUUGUUUUGAUGGAACAUUAUACACUGGCAGGAGAGGUCAUGGGGCAUUUUGCAAUGGAGUCCGACUCCAUGUUUCAAAAGAAAAAGAUGUUUCUAAAGCCCUCAUUCUGACAGAGAUUGGGGCAAAAAGAGAUCCUCAUACAUUGGAUAUCUUUUUGGAGAAUAUGAAGAAGAUGCUGAGUGCACCAACCCAUGGAGUGAGGAUCAUCGGCAGCUCCACACUAGCACUGUGUCAUGUCGCGAGCGGCACAGCAGAGGCUUAUUACCAGUAUGGCCUGCACUGCUGGGACAUCGCUGCAGCAGCACUUAUCAUCACUGAAGCAGGCGGCUGUGUGAUCGACACCACAGGGGGUCCUCUUGAUCUCAUGUCCCGUCGCGUCGUAGCUGCUGGCUCUCGGAAGAUAGCAGAUUACAUCAUCCAGAAGCUGAAGCCAAUCAACUAUGGGCGUGAUGAUGAUGACGAUGACCCCUGACCCAGUGAACAGCCUUGAGCCCUUCAUCAGCAAAUUUUAGCCUUUUACCUCAAACUCCCUAAAAUCCUGCCAUGUUAUUUGCAGUGUUCUUUAUGCAAUGCUCUUUUUUAAUAGAGUUUAUAAUUCUUUUCUGUCACACCACCAGUGGUAAGUAAUGCCUUAUAUUGCAGUGCAUUAUAGGAAAUACAGUAGUGGGCAAAUUGUUUAGGCGAGUGAAAGGAAAUGCUGUAAAUGAAGAAUGCUUUUAGUAAUAACUUUUUUUUAUCAGCAAAAUAAAUGGACAAAGGAAAAUCUAAAUCAAGUCAAUAUUUAUUGUGAAUACCUUUUGUAUUUGCACUUUCACACUUUGUACACUUGCACACAUUCAGGGAUUUUGUUAGGUGAAUGAUACCCAGUUAUACCAAGCAGGUGCUAAUGAUCAUGAAUUUCAUAUGUAGGUUGAAACACAGUGUGAAACAGAAACAGCUGUGUAGGAGGAUAAACCUGGGUCAGAAACAGCCAAACUUUGCUACUAAGGUAAAGGUUGUGGAAGACAGUUUCGUGGUACUAAACUCCACCGAAAAAUUAUUUUUAAUCAGUUUUAAAUUUGUUUGUCAAAUCAGCUCCAAAAUUAGCCAUGAUGCACACAAUAAACUCUCUGAGGGCGACAAAAGCAAAGGUGCAUUUCAUGGCAUUUUUUUCCCAUAACGCAUAAAGAACUUAAAUUACAUAUUUUUUGAUCGUACAGAUAAGAGCAACACAUCAUUCGAAUCUGUAAAGGAUCUAAUUUUAUACGUAUACACUCAUUAUAUAUAUAUAUAUAUAUAUAUAUAUAUAUAUAUAUAUAUAUAUAUAUAUAUAUAUAUAUAUAUAUAUAAAGCUCAAAAACUCUUUUAGAUAAACCAAUUCACAUUGAGUACAAAUAUCCUGUGAUUAUGUAAUCCGUAUGAAAAUUAUAAAAGGUACAGUUUAUCCGUUAUCACCUCAUUAACCGUCUGUGUGGAAACAUAGCAAUCCUGUCCUGUCCUGAUCAUUUACGUAAUUUAAAACACCAUAAUUACUUUAAAACGUUUACAAGAAUAUUUUGUUUUCUUGCGUUAUGUUGAGUUUGGUUUCACAAAUAAUAAGCAUACAUUUGCGUAAAUCUUUAACAUUUGUCCACGACCAUGUUGAUUAGAGUAUUAAAAAAUGUCAAAGUAUUCAUUUAAUCUACAUUUAGAAUAGAUACAAAUCUGAGUUAACUCAUGACAAUCAUUCCUUUGAAGGAUGGUGGAGGUUCCUUGCAAGUCUGGAAAUGGAGUUUUGGUCAGGAUUAAUGGUUUCGUUAAUGCUGAGAAAUACAGGCAGAUCCUUCAGGGAGGUAUCUGAUUAGCUAAAGAUUAAUGCUGCAGCAGGAAAACAACCAUAAGCAAACAGCCAAUGUCAUUAAAAAAUAUUUAGCAUAGAGAAGAACAAUGAAUCCUGGAAGUGAUGGUCUGUCUGGGGUUACAUGAAGAGAGAAGGAUUUGAGUCAGCCUACCUGCCGAGUUCCUUCAAAAGUUGCGUGCAAGUGUACCUAGAAGAAUUGAAGUUUUGUAUGUAAAGGGUUGUCAUACCAAAAUAUAUUUUCAUUAUGUUAAUUGAUAAUUAACUAUGAACACUUCUAUGUUUGAAAGCAUUCUUAGUUUACAGCAUUUCUUUUGACACCUGACUAACACUUUUGCACAGUUCUGUAUAUGAGUGAAUAAACUGAUUUGUUAUUACUGCACAUUCACAUUUCAGAGAAUUAGUAAGAAUUUCGGUAACUAAGUCCUAUUAUGUAAAAAGUAUUUACUCAGGAAUUAAACAGGUCUUUUGUAAUUUAAGGCUUAUAUAAAUUAAGUAAUUAAAAUAUAAAGAAACAUAUACAUUAACAUCAGUGUGAGCAUCUAUUGCUUAUGUAAUCUACUGAUUGAUGUGUAUUGUCAUUUGCAUGGUCACCAAAGUUCACUCAACAAAAUCCAGAUUUACUUGACGUUUUGAAAGGACAAGUGUUGUUCGUUGAAAUUAAAGGGUUCCUGCAGUAAUAAUAAUCUUUGUGUAGCCUUCAUAAUGUUUGGGCCGUGUGGCAAGAAUAUGUAGUGAAGUAUUUCUUAUAAUAGAAAGAUAUAGCACCUGUGAAUAAAUAGACUCUGUAGAUAUUACAUUCGGAGAAUUAAGAGUGUAUUAUACGUCACUAUGACAGCUUGCAAUGAUUACUGUGCUGUCAUCCAUAAGUAACAGAUCCCUACAUGUAGACUCUAUAUGUCUCCAUAUCAAACAAACCUGGUGUAUGUUGGUAUCCCUGCUCAUUUCUUCCAGAAUUUGACUGAUCCAAUCAUGCAAUGACAGUGCAGCACACAAAAUCUUGCACAUACAAGAAGUUAUUGUUCAUGUCAAACAUGAGAAUGACAGAAAAUGGGAUCUUGAAGACUAUGACCCUGAAAUGGUUGUUGGUGUCAGAUGGGCUGGUUUGUAAGUUUCAGGAACUGCUGAGCUCCAAGGGUUUUCAAUAUCAGAAUCAGAAUCAGAAUCAGAUUUAUUGACCAAGUGUGUUGACACACACAAGGAAUUUGGUUCCAGCUGUUUGUUACUCUCAAAAGUACAGACAUAAAUAAAAACCUAUACAAGACAAAACAGACACGACAAGACAAAAACAGACUAUACAAGACAAUACAGACAAUACGCAACAGUCUCUCAGCUUCACACAACUAAGGAAAAACAUUAUUUUUGACCGUGUGACUAUGAUUGCCUCAGAUUCUUGACUAAUAGAACCAAAACCCAAUGGGAUCUUCUGCUCUUGUAGCUCAUCUGCCACGAUAUUUAAUGUAAUGGACAUUCUGGGAGGCUUUUCUGGGCUACACGGUCUAUUUUCUGGGCAAUUCGCUCUAUACUGUUUAAAUUUUAGAGACUGCCUUGUGUGUAAUAGACAUUGUGUAGACUAGGCAUAUACAGAAAGGACCAGGGUGGGUUUUUUUUACUAUCACCCAGGAUCCACACCUAAUUAGUUGAUCUCGGCUUUCAACAGACUAUCAGGUGACUCCUAUGUGGUUGGAAUGAAAACCUGCACCCAACCGGCCCUUUCUGGAUGCUAUUAGACAUUCAUAGACUGACUUUAUGAAUUGUAAUAAGGGGUUUAAUGCGAGUUUGAGAGACCAGCGGUUAGUAUAUGUUUCUUUUUACAUAAAAGGGGAUUUCUAAAGCCAAUAUAAGUUUUUAAUUUUCACAGUGUACCUUUUUGUGGUUUUUAUAAUGGCUUCUACACAAAUCAUUUGCCUCCCUUUAGAGCAGUAACUCUAACUGUGUGUGCGUGUGUGUUUGUGUGUUAGAUGAGCAUUCUACACUGAUCCCCCAUGUUGUGAACUAAACAAUAAUGUACACAUAGUAUUACUCUUUCACUGUCUACAACGUUAGCACCUGUAUGAGUUUCACAAGGUAUUGCAGUCAGCAGACUCUGUGUUUUAGUUAACAUAUGAAUAAAGUUUGAAGACAAUUCAA